AUGGCCUGUGCUAUCAAACGUCUCGCAAAGGAACAUCAAGCCCUUCAGAACCCUACCAAUCGUGUCUGCGAGCUUUAUGCGGCCCCACUGGAGGAGAACAUUUUUGUAUGGCACUUUACCAUCCAAGGUCCAACCAAUGACGACCUUGGCUACGCGGAAGGUUUAUACCACGGGGCUUUAAUUUUCCCCCGCACGUAUCCAUUUGCGCCUCCGGAUAUCGUAUUCUUUACUCCUAGUGGGCGCUUUGAAACGAAUGUGAAGAUAUGCUCCACCAUCAGCAGCUACCAUCCCGAGCGGUGGCAACCGACGAUUGACGUGAGCACCAUCCUUAUUGCGCUACGUCUGUUUAUGGAGCAGGAAGGCGAGAUUGGCAACGGUGGCAUCAAUUCCUCCAAUUACACGCGUCGUGAUAAGAAAGAGAUGGCCAGGAGAAGUAGAAACUACGCAUGCAAGGAGUGCGGUCGUAGUAUGCAAGAGAUUUGGGAAAAGGAAAUGCACCCGUAUCCAAGGAUAAGCGAGGAGAAGGAGACAACGGCCGCGGGAGGAUCCCCUCAACCGGCUUCGGAUGGCAUGCCUGCAUCAGACAUCGUGGAGAAAUCUAAAACUGCGGAUGGGAUUCCCCAGACAUCUGAGCCGGCUGGUUCGAAAACAGACGCCCAACACAACGAAGAUCGCGGUGUUUUUAAUAGCGGUGACGGUAGUAAUGAUAGAAUUUUAGUGGAUGCUGAUAAAACAUCGAAAGAUGCUGAAAAGGGAGUUGAGAGCCUUGCAAAUCGCUCUCCCACUUCCAGUGUUUCUUCUGCACAGAUUCUUACUGAAAUGGGAGCCAUCCCCCCCUUGAGUGAACCCUCGAAGGACCGAAAAACGCCAAGUUCCUCAAGGGAUCCGGAGGAGGUAUGCUCACCGGCAGUCGACCGACUUGAGGAUUUGAACGCUGAAGGAAACCGGUCUGAAACGUGCGUGAGUGACUCUCCGACCCUUCCCACUGUCGAAACAAGCGAGGCUCGAUCUGCCACUUCCCCAAUAAACCCAGAUCCAACCUCUCCCGUUCAACAUGCGUUGAACUUUGUACCUGAUCGUGGCAUCUCCCAAGACGUAGCUUUGGUGAAAGAUGAACUUACCAGACACGCAACACCGACCCCUGACGACAGCGGGAUCGAUAUGGAGUGGAUGAACUAUUCUGAUAGUCACGGAAGUGAGGAUGCUGUUGGGGCUACGGACAAUCGUAUGAUAGGGGAUGAGUAUGAUUCAGAGUGUGAUGUGCUACCGGAGGUAGGCAAUGUAUUGGGUGCAUUUGAAACCCCCUUCCGUAAUGAGUUCGAGCAAGGCAGGAACGCAUCUGGAGAGAAUUUGCAAGAGAAUAGUCAGCCUGAUAAGGCGACCACAAAAACAGAGGAGACUCUUGAGCAGCACCCGAUCCUGGAGGUGGAAAUCGCAUCCGUGUCGGUGAAAAUUUCUAUCAGUUUCCUGGAUUGGCUUAUAAAGAUUUGUGCAAUUGUAGGGGGGGUUUACUGGCUGCACCGCCUGUGUAUCUUCCUCUUUCGCUAUGGUUUCGGCAACAUUAGCGUGUGA